AUGGCGUCUCUUCUCAAUCAGCAGAUCCCAACUGGGCUGUGGAUUGCGCAGACUGUCGGUAUCACCGCAAGCACAUACCUUCUAGGUGCAACCGCCACACUAUCCUUCAUCGCCAUCCCCACAGUGAUGCUAGCCCCCGCGCCCCUCGCCGCAAAGCAAUGGCGCAGCGUCUACGACAGAGGCAUACUCGUCGGCCCACCCCUCUCAAUCCUCAGCACCCUAGCGAUCGGAUACCUAGCCUACAACCGUGACAGAUCUUCCACGCCCUUCAAGCUCAACGUCACCGCCGCCGCCUUCCUCGCCAGCUUCGUCCCCUUCACCUUUUUCUUCAUUGUGCCGACCAACGAAGCCCUCUUCGCCAAAGAAGAACAACUCGCUUCUGCGUCCCUGACGGAUAAGAAUGUGGAAGAGGGGGUUGCGGAGGCGGAGACCACGCAUGCUCUGAUUGAUAAGUGGGGUGUGGUGAACCUUGGGCGCGCGGCGCUCGUUGCGGUCGCGAGUGUUUGCACUGUGCUUGCUGCGCUCGACAAGCGCGAGGUGUUCAAGUUUGGGAGCGUUGGGUUGAAGAGCGGGGCGAAUAGACUUGGAUAG